GUCAUAUUUAAUAUUUCAUGUCAUCUAAAGCUCCAGGUGGUAAUAAUAAGACAGACUUGAGAAGUAGCUUCCAUUCUUCGAAGUAUUCAGGCCAUGGAAAUCGGAGACAGCAUCCAUCUCGCGAUGGAAAUGCUUAUGGGCCUAACAUUAAUAGCCAUGCUCCUAAGUUACAAGUUGGAGGAGUUAAAAUGAGAGAGCGAAAGAAAGGUCCUAAUCCUCUCAGAGUCAUCAGUCAGAACAAAAUAAAAGAAUCUAAUCAAUACGAGCAAGAGGAAAAGAAUCUGAGAAACUUCCCUAAGCGUAAGAUAAGCAAACGUGCUCCUCGGGCAGGGUCUUUAGUAAGAAGGAAUAUUAGAGAAAAAGGCAACCAACUGCUUGAUUCUUAUAAUAAUGGCCCCCAAAAUGGACGCAAUAAUGCUGCUGUGGUCAAUGAUGAUUUUUCAAACAGUUUUAUCGAAGGAAAAUCUUUUUCCAAUAAUCCUAAGCUGCCAUCUUUUAUUGAAAAACCUCAAAGUAAGGGAAAAGUGCUAGAAGGUUCAGGAGAUUCUGACAUAAACGAAGUUGCUAGAAAAAUUCAAGAUCUGGAUGCGAAUUCGAAGAUACUUGACUUCCAAAACAAGAAUAUAUCAGCACCAUCGAUAGGCCCUUAUCCUAUUGGAAGUAAUAACAAUGAUCCCACCGUCACGAUGAGGUCAAUUUCUGAAGCAAAUGAAGAUAUUGAUAAAUAAGCUCAAACAGAAGAGGUAUGUCCAAGAAUUAGAAGAACAAAUAAGACUUCGAGAUAAGAUCAAAAAUGAAGAAGAAGACAAACGAAAUAAGAAAUACAAAGUCUACCAACCAGAAAUAGGAACUCUAAACCAGGAAGUGAAGUCUAUUCACAGCCCAGUGAGACAAGUUACCGAAGAAGUGUGUGCAUCUCCAACCCAGGUUGAAGUUACUAAGGAUAGAAGAGGCCUAGGGUCUGCUCCAAAGGCAGUUGCUACUACUAUAAUGACCUCUACAAUCACAGGUGACCCUUUUGGGGGUAAUAUACCCACCAGAAAGAAAAUAGAGAACAGAAUUGACCAAGAACUUGAAUCUAGAGGGAGCAUAUUUAGUGGUAGAGAUGAGAAAUCUGUGCUGAUUCAAAAACGAAACUUGCAACAACAACACAUGAGAGAAGAACUUCUCCGUCAAAUCGAAGAGAAGAAAAUGAGAGAAGAACAAGUUAAGAAAAAGCAAAUGGAAGAAGACAUGAAGGAAGAGUUCAGGAUUAAGAAAGAACUUCAACAAUUAGAGAAAGAUGGAGACAAUGCUCUUGGAUCUAUCGGUGGACUAACAAUGAAAUAAAACUGUCAGUGAAACAAUUCCCAAAACAUCUAGCUAUCUACCUGAGCUACAGGAUAGGAGCAGUGAGCCUAUGAAGCCAACUCAGGUUGAAGAGAGUAAAGGAGAAGCUCCUAAUUCUUCAGAUGAUCAACACCAUUUUGAAACUACGGCUGCUUUUGCUACAUAUAAGGAGCAAACAAGGAAGAAUGCAGAACAGAUGAAGGAGAAGGAUGAAUAUCCUCAAAAUCCUUUCAGCUCUGCUAUAGUCAAUGAGACUAAUAAGAUCAAAAAUAUGAUAGAACAAGUAGAUAACAAAAAAGAGCUCCAGAAUCAGAUUAGCAAGAAGAUGGAUUUAAAAUCCAAGCCAGCUGCAACUACUGAUGAAAGUCCUAUCUCUCAUGGCCCUAUAGUUGGGAACACAAAGAUCGGUGAACUCUCAGAAAUAGUUCAACAACUCUUGGAAGACCAGAGAAAUCUCAAGUCCAAGCUUAAUGAGAGGGAUGAGAUCAUUGCUGAUCUAAGUAAACAUAGAGAAAAUCAACGUAAGAAUACUCAGGAUAAGGAAAGGCGCUCGAGGUCACAAAAACCUGUCAACAGUAAGAAAAUUGGAUCAGCAGAUAAUACAACAAAUGCUGCUAGAAAACUUAGAGAAAAGCACACUAAAGAGAAAGAGAGGAUUAGUGCAAUCGAAAGCAAGAUUGUUAAAGCUAGACAGAGGAAAGCUGAAUUUAGCAAAGGUACAGCAGUAAAGGCUAAUAAAGUUGGUGGAUUUGGCAAGCAGUAUCAUAAGAAUAGACCUAAUAGCGAUUUUGAUCCCAAAUUAUACAAAAAGAAAAAUAGUGAUCUUGAUGGCAUUCAAGAUAAAAAUAGUGCUUCGAAUCAAAAUCUAAAGGAACUAAAUGUAUGAAAAGCUCGGGCUAUAGAAAGUCCUGGAUAUAGUCUCUCUUCCAAAAUUGACGAACUCCACACUCAGAGUAGAUCAAAGCGGUCUAACAAUGAAAAUGGGAAUAAUUCAAAAGGACCACUUAAUGGUCAACGAGUAGAUAGAUUCUCAAAUAAUCACCUUUAUGAAGAAGAUCAUGAAAUUGAAGAUAACUUCAAUGAAGAUAAUUUUAUCUUCUCUCUUCCUCCUGAUGACGAUGAUAACUACUCCUCUUACUCAUUACUAGGAGGAAAUGUUGUCCAAAGAACUCCUCUAACCGAAUUCGAUAUCGCUGCUUCAGAAGGAGGCGAUCAAAUUGAUCUUCUGAUGAAUGGCUACAAUCGUCAGCCUGUCAGAGCUAAUAUGAAUAGUAUUCCUAUAUCUGAUCUCACUACAAGCAUGGGAGUGGGGUAUUCUCCUCAUGUUAAAAAUGUCUACUUUGUGAACAAGGAUGACAAUGCUAGUGGAGUUAUUCAGUCGGGUAAUUAUCCUUCUAAUAACUAUCCAAGCCGUGGCCAAGCUGAUGUGUAUUAUACAUCAGGCCCAUCUACCAAUUAUAAUUAUCAAGGGUAUGUGAACCAGAACUAUCCAGAGGCUGUUCCCAAAGCUGUUUCUCAAAGCAAAGGAAGACAGUUGAGCUCUAAUGCUAUGGCUGGGAAGAUGAUCACUAGCAAUAAAAAUGGCACUGAGAGAUCAUUUGGUAAUUAUAACCAAUAAUUUUCUAAUCUAACAAUGACCUUCCAAUUCU